ACCGCGCGAACACGUUCGGGGAAGCCGGGCGUUAUCUCGGGGGCACGGGGUGCCGGGCCGCUCCGCGCCGGGCAGUCCGGAGGCCCUCGGCAGUUGCGCGGGGCAUGAAGUGCCGCGGCGCGCGCGAGGCGGCGCUGCACACCUCGGGGGUCGUCCAGAUCGCCGCGGAGGAACACACGAAUGGGACAUGGCCGACAACUACCGUUGGCUGAGGUACGCGCUCGCUGGCUUGGCGGCCGUCAUGCUGGUGUACCUGGUGCUAGUGGCCAACAGCGGGGCGAACCUCGCCAAGCCGGAGCCCGGCAUGCGACGGUUCCUUCAGCUGCAGGAGGAGGCGACCAGCUCCGCGCAGGACGCUAGCGUCGCCAACGUCUCGUCGACCGCGACCACGGCAGCGACCACGACCACGACGCCCAAGGUCGCCGUCGACAACACCUCCAUGAGGUACAUGCACCGGCCCGGGUACGUCGUCGAGAACGCCGGUCUGUGCCGCGGCAACGGCAGCCAGCUGCGGGUGCUGAUCCUGGUGACGUCGGCCCCCGACCACGGGCGCCACCGCAUGGCCAUCAGGUUCACGUGGGGCCACUUCUCCCUGCGCAAGGACGUCGCCGUGGGCUUCUUCCUGGGCGCCGUGGAGGGCGACGACGCGAGGCAGAAGGCCGUGCUGGAGGAGGCCGACUUGUACGGCGACGUGGUGCAGUCGCGCAACGCGGACGGCUACCGGCGGCUGCCGCUCAAGACGCUGUCCCUGCUGCAGUGGGUGGACGCGCACUGCGCCGGCGCGCGCUUCGUGCUCAAGACCGACGAUGACAUGUUCAUCAACGUGGAGGAGCUGCUGCGCUUCGUGCGCGACCACGCGGACGCGCGCGACACCAUCUUCGGGCUGCUGGCGCGCGGCUGGAAGCCCAUCCGCUCGCCGGACAACAAGUACCACGUGACGCUGGAGCAGUUCCCCGAGCCCGUGCUGCCCGACUUCACGACGGGGCCGGCCUACCUGCUGACGGGGGACCUGGUGCGCCGCAUGCACGAGGCGGCGCUGCGCCGGCGCUUCGUGCCGCUGGAGGACGUGCUGUUCACGGGGCUGGUGGCGGGCGACGUGGGCGCGCGCCGGGUCCACAGCCCGCUGUUCCACUCCGUGGGGCUCGGCCGCUCCCGCGCCGACGAGUGCAAGCGCCGGGCCAGCAUCAGCGUCCACGACGUGCCGUACGAGCAGCAGUUCGCGCUGUGGGGCCAGCUGCUGGACGGCAAGCACGCGUGCUGACCGCUCCCGGCCUUCGCUCUCACCUCCCACGCCGUUAUUGCUUACACACGUCAUUUUGCGAGAGGCUGCACGUCAUGCACUGUCUCGUAAACAAGGAUUUUAGUUUCUCUUAUUUGCAGCUACUACUACACAGAGAUACUAAAUUCAUGACUUUGAGAAUCAACUACGAAAAAAUUAUGAAACCUUAUCUUAUGAUUAAAAAAAGCUUACAUUUCAAAAUACAAAAUAACGGUAUGAAAUGUAUCGAAAAACUUUAAAUGAAUACUUCGGGUCGCCAGUUGUGUAGUAUGAUCACAUUUGCUUCGUGUGUGAUGACAUUUCCUACGGCCUCUAAAAAUAAUACGCAGCGCAAUCACUUGGCAGUUACGAAAGUUUUUUUUUAUAACCUUCUAAGAAGUUUCCACUCGAACAUUAUCGAAAAGCCCACCGCUUCAUAACACGUGAUUCAAAGUGCUUUCGCGCUAACAUUGACAUUAAGUAAUCAGUUAUUUUUUAUAACACUAAACUACAGCUCUAAAAGCCGUCAAACUGGCAGCACGUUUAGCCUGUAAAUAUAACAGUACGCCUGAACUAAAAACGUUUUAAUUUUCGUUAAUGUGUUGUGUGUCAAGGAUCGGUGUGACAAAGACAUAAUGCAUAGUUUCACCUGAUCAAAACGUUAGUAGGUACAAGUAAUCGAGUUAGUUUUAAUAAGUGGCUGAGGGUAAUUUUCAAAACUCAGAAGCAAAAAAAAAAGUGUUGUGACGUCAGCAAUGUGAUUACGGGUAUUGUUCCACAUCUACUGACUUAUUUAUCAACGUCUCCGGUGAAAUGAGUGUCGGAGGAGCAGCUGCAGCAUGCGUUGUUUUUAAAAUACCAAAAUACCAGUAACAGCAAGAGAGGGGGGGGGGAGGGGGGUAGUCGCGGUCAGCGCGGGUGGUAAGCGAGUCGUGGGUUCGAGACCCGCUCUUUCAUGCGUGAAGUGGGGAUCAGAUCGUAAGUUGAUUACCGCUUUGUACUCCACAAUUAUGUCGGAAAGUUCAUAUUCUCUAAAACAAAUACAAUAAUUAAACAACGAAGAUUAAAGCAGCCCCUUCCCUUCUAACAUUUCUAAACAUUACCUACUCUGGUUUCAAUGUCAUAUCAUGUGCGUAUGCUUUUUCGUAGUGCAAUUACAUUUAUUUGCUUUUGAACAAAAUUGGCUUACACAGGCCUACGUGGAAUCUUCUUACUGUUACUCCUCAAAGUUCUGUAUCCACUGCUGAUAACACAAUCCGGAUUGUGUUUGUUCGGUUAAUAUUAGUUAUAAUGAUAGAAUUAACCAAUCGUCGGCUCUGCAUAACCAUCGAGAAUUAUUGCCGUGAUUACAAACUGCUGUUGGAAAAAAAAAUUACGAUGGAUGUAACGUUUGGCAUAUUAAAAUGUUCAAGAAAGAAUAAAGUUUAAACUGAGCUUAGUACACAUCUAUAUGAGACGGUAGUCAAUAUACUACCACGUCAUUUUAAUCGUGCUCACAGCAAUUACAUUAAUUACAUUUGCAACCGCUGCAGCGUAUUUUUCUUUAAGCUGCCGGAUCUUCGUUAUCUUCUCAGUUUACAUAUUGUUUUUAACGUAUCCCUAGAGAACAAGUGUAAAGUUUUAGUGUGGCCGUGAGCCCUACAACGCCGCAUACUUGUAGGUGGGGGGAAGAGAGAGAGAGAGAUUUUUCUCGUAGAUGCAAACAUCACCCCUUCCGUUGCACUGCAACAACCAAUUUCGGUUCGGCAUAAUUCGAUAUGCUAUUGGAUUGCCCACAUCCUGCCCCGCGCCACCUCGCAUUGCCUGACAGUGUCCCGGCAAGUCCCUCCAUCAUCAACUCGUGUCUUCCAUUUCACACUUCCAUCAAACGCGUACCCCGCCAGCCGCAAGCAUCUGCAACCACCCACGAUAGACUCAAUCCCCAGGGACACACAGACUCCUCGAAGUCACCGCCCGCCACCAACGAGCAGAAGAAACUUGACCUGGAGGUGAAAGCGGCCAACCCGCGGCCCGGGACUCUGGGCGAAGCCCCCCGGUUCGUUGCCAGCACAGGGCAUCUUGACCAGGGAGGGGAGGGGCUCGCAUUGGGCGUGAUGAUACAGUCAGUCCGCGACACACGUGUCGUCAACAUGAGCGACUGAUCCGAGCCGGCCACCACCUCGCACUGUGAACUGGGUAGAACUCUCAGCACCACUCCCGCUCUCCGCCCCAGCUAUCGCUAGCCAUCACUGGCUGUCACUGUCUGUCACUGUCUGUCACUCUCUGUCAAUGGCUAUCUCGACCUGCGCGACCUCGUGUUCGGCCACGCCGCAGGGACUUCCUCCUUAGGAGUGUCUUCACUAACUGCAAACCUGUGCCAUCGGUGAUUUUGUGGUGUUUGUACUUGUUUGCGGCAUUUUUAAACAAAUCAACUUACGUUUCUAUUAAAUUAAUUAAAUAAUUGUGAUUUUUUUUUCAGUAAUAAUAGGACCGAAAGAUUUGUACAUAACUGUAUGUAUGGAUGGACUCAAGAUAAUGGACUCAAAUUAUCUCCAUGAGAUAUUAUUCACACCAACACUAUUGUUCACAAAGAAAUAUAAUGUACCUCCAUGGUGUUUACUCAAAUUAUUGCAUUUUGAGGUGGUAGUUCCUAAAGAAAGGGGGCGAUCUUGUUCGACCGUAAGUGGUAAAUCACACCCCACUCCUGACUUUAUUUUCUUAUAAACUUGAAAUAAACAAGUUUUAAAAAUAUUGAGCCAAAAUGGUUGUAAAAAAUAUGUUGGUGUACUUGUCUGUAAGUUUACUGGAUUAUUUAUUUAAAAAAUAUAGCUGUUGCGUGAA